AUGCAACUUCCUGCAGAGCUAUGGUUGCGAAUCUCAAACUUCCUAACGCAAGACGAAGUUGUUGCACUUGUUGGCGUCAACCUCACUUUCUUUAACAUUGCGCUGGACAUUCGGUACAGGACAAUCCACAUCGAGACGUGGAAUUCCAAGUCGCGAAAGCUCUAUGAACGAUUGAGAGACCCACUACCUGCGAGUCGCGUCCAAAGACUAAUUUUGCGGCCCCACCUCAGCCUCAGCAAUCCCAUUCGGUCCGAGUCGUCCCGCCCCGCUGCCUCUCCUUCACUAUGGCACCGUCUAUUUUCAGCUGGCUCGAGCAGCAAGGCUCAACCACCACCCGCUUCCAAACCAGCACCUAUUGAGCAACUCAUAGAAUCACUGAUUCUUGUGCUGCCUGGACUCGUAAAUCUGCGCUCGUUCGAGGCAGAGGUCUGGGACGUAGAGGAGGGCUACGAUUUGCGUCCGUUUUUCCGCUCGGCUUGGGCUGCUUUUGGACCGAAACUCGAGGCUGUUUCGUUUGGCGGGAGACCCAAGGACUUCCUGCAAUUCGUGGAAUCAGAGCCAAAUAUCCCGGCAUGCACCUCUCUCAACUUGCAGUUCACGCAUGAAAUGGACACAGCAGCAAAUGCCGCCACUUUGGUCAUUCUAGUGGACUGCGUCGCGCCCUACAUCAACAGUAUCGCUCUACAGCUAACGACCUUCAAAGUCUGGUCAUGGUCCACCUUAGACCUCUCUGCACUCUUCUUAAAUCUGGGCAAAUUUCCGCGCCUCACCGAAUUCCACGUCCGCGCACCAUUCAACAGGGCGUUCACCGACCCAGCGGGGCUGACCAAUCUACUCGAAACCAAUUCACAAACCCUCCAGCACGUGGAAUUGCGGUUAAACCCAUCGGGGAGCGCCAUGGAUCCCAGCCCCGAGCAAAGGCUGGGGGAGUGGUUUAGCUCCCACCAGUCCUCUCCGCUGGUCAUGCGUGACCUGAAAAAGCUCCGCCUCUUCCCGACCAACUCGGGCCUCGGCUUCGACGCCCUCUUGAUGUAUCUCGAGCGGUCGGCAAACACGUUGACGACGCUCGCCAUCAAAGACCGUUACCUCAGCCUGGAGGAAGUGUCGACACUUACCACUCUGCUGGCCGAACGAGAAAGCGCGCUGCAAAAUCUCCGUCUGCACGUGCGCGUAUGGUCGCCUGAGCUGUUUGACCUCCUCGCAGCCAAGCUUCCAGGGCUGCGAAGCCUGUCCCUCUAUGUGGGCGGUUCCCCCGGCGACCGGGCAGCGGAGAAGCUUUUCUUUGCGAAAUUGCGCAACGGCACGUGUCGUCAAUGGACGCUCUACGACAUUGGCGUUUGGCAAGGUGGCUUUGAAGUAUCAUUGUCGACGAUGCGAUCGCUCGCGGCCUGCAUACCCUCAAUUCGGAGCUUCUGGAACAACGGCGAGAUGUGGUCUGAUAGCAAGAACUACGAAGUUGGCUUCACACACAUCUAA